AUGGACAAUGCGGGCCGAGAUCGACGCGGCUGGCUCGGCAAGUGGAUGGACAAGUCGCCGGACAAGUGGAUGGACAAGUGGAUGGACAAGUGGACGGCCAAGUGUGUCGACCGGCUGGCCCGCGACUCUGUCGGCAAUCGCACCGAUAUGUCUUCCCGCAAGUCUGCGCCGAGGCACAGCGCACGGGAGCGACGCGUGGCGUGGUCGCCACGGACAGCGCCACAGCGGCCUUUCCGGUUUGCGCGCACGCGUGACCCGCCGCGGCCGCCGCGCACGGCCCGAUUCGUCGACGGGGCUGUGGGGCCUCCGCAAGAGCAUGCCCGCCUGUGGUGCGGCGCCAACAAGGCCGCAGCCCCAUUGGUCCGCUGCGCUUUGCCUCCGCCGGCAGGACCACUCGAGCCCUGGGCCGCCUCCUCCCCCUUUGCCUCGGCCGCCUUGCUCGCAGGCGUGCCCGCUGAGGCCGAUCCAUGUCGAGCCGAGCGCGACAGCCAAGCGGAAUGGCCAAGCGGAAUGGCCAAGCAGAAUGACCAAGCGGAAUGUCCAGGCCAAGCAGGGCGGUCAAGUCGAACGGCCAAGAACAUUGUUAAGCACAUUGUUAAGGGCAUCGUUAAGGGCAUUCGACAGCCGAAUCCCUCGUGA